GCGCGUAUACGGGAGCGGGCGAGGGCCAAGCAUGGCAGGGGCGGCGGCGGCGGCGGCGGCGGCAGAGAGGGGCGCGUACAGCCUGGGCCUGGCCAACGAGCGGCUGCGGCUGCUGGAGGAGCUGGAGCGCGAGAUCGGGGCGGCGCUGCAGAGCGCGGGCACGGUGAUCCUGGAGCUGUCCAAGGAGAAGCCCAAGGAGCACCUCAUGGACCGCCACACCGCGCAGUUCGUGGCCUCCGUGCAGAAGGUGGAGUCGGAGCUCUCGGCCCAGAUCCGCUACCUCACCCAGGUGGCCACCGGCCAGCCCCACGAGGGCUCCAGCUAUUCGGCCCGCAAGGAUUGCCAGAUGGCCCUGAAGCGCAUCGAUUACGCCCGUGUCAAGCUGGGAGAGCUCUCUCGGACCUGCGAGCAAAUGCUGGAGCCGUAGGUGGGCAAACGUGCCUCGGGGUGGGGUGGGGUGGGGGUCACGCAGGAGAAGGGCUAUUCGUGGACCGAAAACACCUCUGUGGCAGGGGCAACACGGCCCAGCAGACUGCAGGUGCCUUUGGGCCUCCUUCCUGGCUCCGCUGGAGCCUCCUGCACACUUGGGACAUGGAGGAGGAGGAGGAGGAGGAGGCCUGGAGCCUCUCUUUGGAUGACGUUGCUGGAGCCUCUUUGGAGAUGUGGAAAACUGGCUGGCGAGGCUUCUCGUCCCGUGCGCCUUCGCUGGGCCCGCUCUGUACUGUGUGCGAAUUGUCCGUUGCGUGCCAGAAGCGACACACCAUAAAAGGCUGGCGACA